GGGCGGGUGGCGGAAAAGGGGCCCAGGAGAGGGAGGAGGGCGACAGGAGUUGGGGAGCCGCAGAGCUUAGCGGGAGGGGCGCCCCUGCUGUCGGCCUGGGGAGCCCGUGUGAGAAGCCCGGAGGCCAGGAACUGUCCGUUUUGGGGACCCAGAGAGCAGCCUGCUGGUUUACCCGCCGACUUGGACACGUGGUUUGCCAGAGUCGGGACUCCAGUUUGGGGCCCGGUCUCGCAGAGCUGUGGUUGAAGGGUUUCUGUGUAUCUAACCUCGAGAAAGUUAGACGUGGGGGAGAGAGAAAAGGGUGGGUGUGGGGAGAAGUUAGUGGCUGUUCAAAUACUUGGAAGGAGGCUCCAUUUUGCACUGUGUGACCAGGAGCAGGAAUUAAGGCCUGAGGGUGGACAUUUCAUGGAGGGUUUCUUGUUUUUGUUUUUAUGGUCAGUAUAAGGGGAAACUUCCUACGCAUUAGAGGUUACUAGCACAGUGCUUCUCAAACUUUGAGUAGAUAUGACCCGCCCUGGGGAUUGUGUUCAGCGGUGUGAUAUGGGUGAGCAGAUCGGAGGCAGGGCCUGAGGUUGUGCCCGUCUCCUUAACCGCCAGCCGAAGCUGCAGACCGCGCUCUGGGCAGAAGGGGCUGAGUGUGCUGUUCGGGACAGUCGCCACUAGCCACGUGAAUACCGAGCACUAUGAAUUUUUAAAUUCGCAUAGCCACAUGUUGCUAGUGACUGUCAUAUUGGACAGUGCAGGUAUAGUACAUUUCCACCAUCAUAGAAGUUCUGUCUAGAAGACACGUAUGCUUCACCUCUCACUUAAGGAUGUUGACGUCAUGUGUGCUUGUUCUGGGAAGGAUUGGAGCACUAGUUAAAAUGGGUUGGAAACUCACUACCCGGAAUCUUGCUGCGGUGCGUUUCAGCAGUGCUGCGGAAAAAGUUGCAGAACUUUUAUUUCAAACUGCUCAAAAUGCGGGGAUCAGUUUUGACACUGUCUGUGGAGUCCCUUACACAGCUUUACCAUUGGCUACAGUUAUCUGUUCAACUAACCAAAUCCCGAUGCUCAUUAGAAGAAAAGAAACAAAGGAUUACGGUACUAAACGUCUUGUAGAAGGGGCUAUUAAUCCAGGAGAAAACUGUUUGAUCAUUGAAGAUGUCGUUACCAGUGGAUCUAGUGUUUUGGAAACUGUUGAGGUUCUUCAGAAGGAGGGCUUGAAGGUCACGGAUGUCAUAGUGCUGCUGGACAGAGAGCAGGGAGGCAAGGAUAAGCUGCAGGCUCAUGGGCUUCAUCUCCACUCAGUGUGUACAUUGUCCAAAGUGCUGGAGAUUCUUGAGCAACAGAAAAAAAUUGAUGCUGAGAUGGUUGAAAGAGUGAAGAAAUUUAUUCAGGAGAAUGUUUUUGUGGCAUCUGAUCAGAAUGGUUCUCUCCCGUCUAUAAAGAAAGCACCUGAAGAACUCAGCUUUGGUGCACGUGCAGAGCUGCCCGGGAUCCACCCAGUUGCAUCCAAGCUGCUCAGGCUUAUGCAAAAGAAGGAGACCAAUCUGUGUCUGUCUGCUGACAUUUCGGAGUCCAGAGAGCUGUUGCAGCUAGCAGAUGCUUUAGGACCCAGCAUCUGCAUGCUCAAGACUCACGUAGAUAUUUUGAAUGAUUUUACUCUGGAUGUGAUGAAGGAGUUAACAACUCUGGCAAAACACCAUGAGUUCUUAAUAUUUGAAGACCGGAAAUUUGCGGACAUAGGAAACACAGUAAAAAAGCAGUAUGAAGGUGGUGUCUUUAAAAUAGCUUCCUGGGCAGAUGUAGUAAAUGCUCACGUGGUGCCAGGCUCAGGAGUUGUGAAAGGCCUGCAAGAAGUUGGCCAGUCUCUGCACCGGGGGUGCCUGCUCAUUGCGGAAAUGAGCUCCGCUGGCUCCUUGGCCACUGGGAACUACACUAAAGCAGCGGUUAGAAUGGCUGAGGAGCAUUCUGAAUUUGUGUUUGGUUUUAUUUCUGGCUCCCGAGUAAGCAUGAAACCAGAAUUUCUUCACUUGACUCCAGGAGUUCAGUUAGAAGCGGGAGGUGAUAAUCUCGGCCAGCAGUACAAUAGCCCACAAGAAAUUAUUGGCAAACGAGGUUCUGACAUCAUCAUUGUAGGCCGGGGUAUAAUAGCAUCAGCCAAUCGUCUGGAAGCAGCGGAGAUGUACAGAAAAGCUGCCUGGGAAGCCUAUUUGAGUAGACUUGGCGUUUGAGUGCCAGAUACUUUUUGUGAAGGCCUUGAAGACCCACUGUCUCCUGAGAUGCAUUGGCUGGAUAGCAAGCAGCCUUUUAUACUGCCUGGAUUCCUCCGUGGAUCCUGUGUUGGAGUGACUUCUAGAGUUAUCAUCAUGCUUAGGAUAUACUGAACAGCUGUAAUCACUGCAUUAGUUUUCAGGCAUUCUUUAGUGAGACCGGUGUUGGCGAAGCAGUCACAGUCCUGUCUGUGGUAAAGUCUUCCACAUUUGAGGAUUCCCCCACCCACUCCCCAUCUUUAGAUCAGGCUUUUUGAUUCUUUUAGUUGCUGUGGCACAAAAAUUUUAGGACAUAAAGAGUACAGCAUUUAGGACAUCAAAAUACAACAUUUCUUGUGUUCUUUAUUUUGUGUCUAAUGUGAUGCCCAAACAAUAUUAAAAUAUUAGUUCUUCUCCUCUUAAAAGUGAUAGUCCAGGUAUCCAAAUGGUGCUGGUUCUCAGAACUGCCACUAUUCACUCACUGAACGGAGCAAGGUGCAGAAGUGGAAAGCUGACCAAUACCUGGCUUUCAUUUCAGCAGAGGGUUUCUGACUCUCUUCUCCCAGCAGCAGGGACCUGUGCUGAAACCCAGGCACAGCUUCCUUUUGCCUUGUUUGGAUUACAAAUGGACAAGCUGCUCCUUCACUUUUGUAAAAAGGCAGCAGUGUCAGGAGGUCUGAGGUUCCAUUUGGAGGUUUGCUUCAAGAUCCUACAUAAUUGUCCCAACUGUCAUUGACAAGAGAGGGAAGUCAGACUUCACUAGAAAUAAGGAAAAAGAAGCUCAGCAACAGAGCUGAUAUUGUCCACGUCUCGGUUUCUACCACCUUUGCACACGUGGCAUCACCAGUUAGGCAGCCCUCUCAAUCACGUCCCAAAAGCACUGCAGUCAGACCUCGAUUCUAAAACGUCUCACAUCUCAAACACUGCCUCUCAAGCUGACAGCCCUUUCCUCCUGAGCCCUGUAUGAUCAGUCACUUGUCUCUCAGGUGACAGAAGGAGAGGAUGCUCAAGAGCUUACUGCUGUUAACAUCUCAGGAUAUUGUGCUGUGAAUGUUCUGGUUUUUUUGCUUUUGUUGCUGCUUAUUAAAUUUUCACUAUUUACUGUA